UUUAAUACAUUAUUUAAGAACUACUUCAACCCGGGUAAAAAUUCAAAAUGUCCAAGAAACCCAUUCACAAUAUUAACAUGAAUCUAAUGGAUUUGAAAAGCUCAACGUCUCUGCCCACAACUUUUGAGGGAACUCACAACGGGUCGAGUCCUGCAAGAAGAGGUAGUCCCAAGCACAUAAACGCAAAGCCCAAGUCUCUUAAGGACAGACUCAGGGAUAGGAAAAGAGAGAACACAAGAAAUUUAAAUUUGCUUGCUACUUGUUUGGAAAAGUCCCAGAUUGGUCUAGAAGAAAUUCGUCAAGCUAAGAAGGAGAUUUUGGUACAGAAACAGCAAGAUAUCGACAACGCUGUUGCCAGCAUCCAUCAUUCUACUGAGAAUACUCUUACAAGAAUGAUGAAGCAGUACGAACAAGCUUCUACCAAAGUAGUCAUCACUAAUGGAAUCAAGGAGUUCGACCAAACUUAUCUUUCACUGAAGUUAAAGGAAGAGGAAAUUCUUGCACAAGCGAAAUGCCGAAAAGAUUAUUAUCAAAAGCACAAAUUUGAUAAAAGAGAUAAAGAAUUUAAGAAAAAGGUUAAAGAGAUAGAUGAGUUUCACCAAUCGAUCCAGAAAAUGUCAAACCAGAUGGUCCAAAUGAUCCAGCAGAAGGAUUUGGCUACUAAAAUGGUCAGAAAAGACAUCAAGAAGAGAAAGAGAAUACUGAAAACCUUGGUUGAAAACUCUGCUGCUUUAGAAAAUUCCCGCUUAAAUUUUAAAGAUAUGGAUUUAAACUACCUCCAGUACUCUCCCAACUCACCUCCAGCUUCUCUCAAAAUAAGCAAGGAGGUGAAUAACCUGAUGAAUGAAAGAGCUGGGCUUCUUAAUAUCCAAAAGGAGCUAAAAGAGAAUAUAAGAUACCUGGCUGCUCAAAAGCAGCAAAUUAAUGCUGAAAUCACUUAUGAGGAUGAAUCCCUACUGAAUCUCGAACAAAAGCUCAAUUCAUUUUCAAAAACAUUCAAAAAGAAUCUGAGAUUAACAGAAUCAGUUGAUCUAGACCAAUCCAAGCUAGAGAACUUUCUGAGCAUUGAAAAAGAUGCAAAAGAAGAACUUCUUUGAGAAGUCAGCCAGACCAAAGAACGCAUCAGAAAAAUCCGUAAUAGCAACCCCAUUGAUAUCUUAGACUCUUUAAACACCAAUGAGAGCAACUCUGUCACUUUUGAGUUUGCCGAAGAAAUAAUCGAUCAACAAGAAUCAUCUGAAACCAAUACUAAGCUUGGAGGAACUAACGAAGACGUUUAUGAAGAAAAAUAUGAUGAAGAACUUAGAUACAAGUGGAGAAAUCCUGAAAGCAAUGAAAUAUAUGUUCCAAAAAUGGCAAGGAGACCUCAAAGAUCACCUCAGGCUAAGAAUCAGCCCGGAACCGAUGACAACGAGCAUGAUUUCUCAAUCGGGACUAUGUCCCAGUGGCAGAACAAUGAUUUUGAGGAGAUACCUGAAGUCCCUGAGGAAGCAUCAAGUGCAAACAUUACCCCUCGCAGAAUGGAGGAGGAAGAUGAAGAAAUCCUCAAACUUGCAGAGGAAGGUAGAAACCCUUCUCCUUUGUUUGAAGGCAAAAAAUCAAAUGAAAUUUUCGAAACAAGAAAAUGUUUCUUUGCUACUAGCCGUCUUCAGACUAUUCCUAAGUUCAAUAUUGAUAGAGAAAUUGAGCUCCCUCAAGAUGCUGAGAUGAACAUUAGUGUCCUCUCGUCUUUCGAAGGGAGUCCAGAGGAGGAUCCGAAUGUUCUAUCAGCUUGUGAUCUCUCUUUUACAUCGAAUAAUUUACAGAAUAUGAAUACUUCUGAAAAUAUUUCAAAGCCACCAACAAAAGUGCCAGUGUUGAAUCUGGGUAAAAUGAAGACAGCGAGUAAUAUCGGGCACAAGCCUAAGUUAUCUCUAAACCUCAGUGCUAUUAGCGUAGCGCAGAGUGCCAGUGAUACCCCAAAAGAGACGAUUCCUAACCCUGCCUUCUUUAAAGAAUCUAAGCGGUCUAGGAACAAUGAGCACCAGCGCUAUAGCAGCAAGAAUACUUAUGCAACGACACUAAAUAGUGCGAAGAAGGAGGAAGGAAGUUUAUGAGACUCCUUCAUAAAAGAUGCUAACAUGAUUGCUGAAAUUUUUGAGAGCCAGCACACCCGAAAGGUAAGCAACCUUGAGCUUACUUUUGAAAAGUCUGAUGACCAAGAGGAAGGAUCCAAAAUGGAUCCUCUCAGACUUAUCAAUUUGCCAACAGGAAAAGCCAGGUUCUCUGUAGCCCAUUGGAACUUCGGGUCCAGAAGACUUAAACACUAACUAGCGCUAACAAAACAAUACUAAAGAGGAAGCUUUCCACCCUAAUUCAUUUAACUAUAAUUCAAAC